AUGCAACCCAACAAAUCUCUAUUAGAUACCCGUAUCGAUCUUCAGAUGCAUGACAGGCAAUGCGGACUGAUAGUCGAUGGGCUAUGGGGUGAAUCAAACCUUAUAUUUCCGUUCGCUGUAUACGAAGCAAAGAAACGUGUAUCUGCUUGGGAGCAAGCGGAGGAUCAGGUUUACCAUGCUUUCCAGGUCUACUUAGCCAUGCUUGAUGACCUGGCUCGAGACCCCUCGGACGUCACAAGAUACCAGUCCAAAGAGAGUAAGGACUACCAACUCUUUGGCUUUACCUCUUGUGGCUCAUCCUGGAGAGUCUACAUAGCAUGGUAUUACUUGGAUGGAUGUCACGCGGAAACCAUAUGGGGUGGCGAUGUCACAGACUUCAUGCUGGCGUAUGAGCUCAUAUGUCUCGUCGAUCAAAUCCAUGAUUUCGCUGCUAAUCAGCAUCGCAAAUUCGUCAUCAAACAUCUUGAAAGAUGGCUCAUACAUUCCGAGGAACACGAUCCGCUAGUACAUCAGACAGACGACAUUUCAGAUCUAGCUGACCCGGAAUGGUUGGAGAUCAAAGAAGCAUGGAAAGAAGCCAGAAAUGCCAAAGCUGCCAGAACUCGUUUGCGGAAUAGACUCAAGAUAUCAGACAAUGCUCUCAAUCGCCAUUCAAAAACACCGCGAAACGCUAAGAUGACCAAAGUCUCGAGUAAGGUUCAGAUCCAGAACAAGCGCACCCGUGGUCAUCAGCCGAAGACGGUAAAUGAUUCGGAACCAAAGCGGCCCCGUGGGCGACCUAGGAAAUCCGCGAAAACGCCAGGAAGUCCACCAUGCAGAACUGCUACUAGAAAACCGCGAAAUCGCGCUUGA